AUGAUGGAGGACGGUCCGGAGACAGAUGGCCCCAGAUCAUCCAUGCCAGCUGAGCUCCACCAUCCCCACUCUGAGUACUCUCAGUGGAAGUUUAAACUGUUCAGGGUGAGGUCCAUGGAGAGGGCGCCGUUGCCCAGUGAGACACAACCUGAGAAAGGAGCCUUUAUAGGGAUCUCACCUCCCGCAGCUCCAAAUAUAGAGCUAGAUAAUGGUAUGGGUCCAGGGAGUGUUAUGAAAUUGUGCCUAGGGGGAAAAAGCAAGGAAAAUGUGGAGGGCCCUGGCCAGAGGGUAGAUAUGAAGCUGCAGGAAAUGGACACCCACAUGAACCACCUCAGGUGCUUGUGUCGUCUCUGUGGAAUGGCGCUGAGGAAAGCCAAAGGACCAGUGCACGAUGUUCAUGGGGAUCUGGACCAGGCAAGCAAAGGUGCCCUGCGUAAAAUGGGGUGCAAGUUUACAAGUUGGCCAGAGGUCAUCGUUAAAGUCUUCAAAGUGGAUGUGACAGAGGACAUAGAAUCUGUUCACCCUCUUUCCUUUUGCCAUCGCUGCUGGAUGGCUGCCAUACGAGGAGGGGGCGUCUGCAGCUUCUCUAGAACAAGAGUCCCUGAAUGGAAACCCCACUCGUCCCUCUGCCACCUUUGCUCCCCCAGGAAAACCUCUUUCCAGCGGACUGGGAGAAAGAGGCGGAAAACCAUUCGCAGAGCCCAGAGCCUGGCAAAAAGGACCAGGUGGGACCAAGGCGACAGCAUUGCUGUUGGUGAGAGGAGGGCUCUGAGACGUCCUGUGCUCAAGGCCUGGAGGAAACUCAGCAUCCAGAGAGAGCAAUGGGUAAGAAACAUCACCCACUGUCAGAAAGACCACUUGAGUACUAAGUUGAUCUCUGAGAAGCUCCCCGUAGACUUCCUCGCUUCUUUCACCUGCCUGGUGUGUGACCACCUGCUCUCUGAUCCAGUCCAGUCGCCCUGUGGGCACCUCUUCUGCCGCAGCUGUAUUAUAAAAUAUAGCUACGUUCUGGGACCUCACUGUCCGGCCUGCAACUUGCGCUGUGCUCCUGAUGAUUUCACCUCGCCUGCCAAAAUCUUCUUAUCAGCCCUACAAUCUCUGCCUCUGCUCUGCCCCAAAAGCGGCUGUGGCAAGCAGGUGAAGCUAGAUUCAUUUAAAGCUCAUUGUCUAGACCAUGACCUGGAUGAACAGGAUGCAAACAAGCAGUCGUCAGAACUCGACAAUUACCAGUUAAACAAUAAAGGGGGAAGACCCCGUCAGCACUUACUGUCCCUAACCCGUCGUGCCCAGAAGCAUCGGCUGAGGGAUCUGAAGAACCAGGUGAAGACGUUUGCGGACAAAGAGGAAGGUGGCGACCUGAAGUCUGUGUGUUUGACUCUGUUUCUCCUUGCACUGAGAUCUGAGAAUGAGCACCGGCAGGCAGAUGAGCUAGAGGCCAUGAUGCAAGGCAGAGGCUCUGGGUUGCAUCCUGCUGUAUGCCUGGCAAUCCGGGUCAACACUUUCCUGAGCUGCAGCCAGUAUCACAAGAUGUACCGGACUGUCAAAGCCACCAGUGGCCGGCAGAUUUUUCAGCCCCUGCACACCCUGCGAGCUGCAGAGAAGGAGCUCCUUCCUGGCUUUCACCAGUUUGAAUGGCAGCCUGCUCUCAAAAAUGUGUCUGCAUCUUGCAAUGUUGGCAUUAUUAAUGGGCUCUCUGGAUGGGCUUCCUCAGUGGAUGACUCCCUGGCUGACACUAUCACUCGGCGGUUUCGCUAUGAUGUAGCACUGGUGUCAGCAUUAAAAGAUCUGGAGGAGGACAUCAUGGAGGGGCUGAGAGAGAGUGGGAUGGAAGACAGCGCUUGCACCUCAGGCUUCAGUGUCAUGAUCAAGGAAUCUUGUGAUGGCAUGGGUGAUGUCAGUGAGAAGCACGGUGGAGGACCAGUUGUUCCUGAGAAGGCUGUACGUUUCUCUUUCACUAUUAUGUCUGUCUCUAUCCUGGCAGCUGACAAGGAGGAAGAGGUUACCAUCUUCAUGGAGCCAAAGCCAAACUCAGAAUUGUCCUGUAAGCCCCUUUGCCUGACAUUUGUGGAUGAGUCAGACCAUGAGACGCUCACAGCCAUCCUGCGGCCUAUAGUCGCAGAGCGUAAUGCAAUGAAAGAGAGCAGACUCAUCCUAUCCAUCGGUGGACUGCUUCGCUCCUUCCGCUUUCACUUCAGAGGCACAGGGUACGAUGAGAAGAUGGUGCGUGAGAUGGAGGGCCUUGAGGCCUCAGGGUCCACCUAUGUCUGCACUCUGUGUGACUCUGGUCGGGCAGAAGCUUCUGAAAACAUGGUGCUACACUCCAUCACUCGCAGCCAUGAAGAGAACCUAGAACGUUACGAAAUAUGGAGAACCAACCCCUUUUCUGAGUCUGCAGAUGAGCUGCGAGACAGAGUCAAAGGGGUCUCCGCCAAGCCCUUCAUGGAGACCCAUCCCACAAUGGAUGCAUUACAUUGCGACAUAGGCAAUGCCACUGAGUUCUACAAAAUCUUCCAGGAUGAGAUCGGGGAGGUGUACCAAAAGGCCAACCCCAGCCGGGAGGCGCGGCGCAGCUGGAGGGCAGCCCUAGAUAAACAGCUGAGGAACAAGGUGAAGCUGAAACCAGUAAUGAGGAUGAAUGGGAACUUUGCCCGCCGGCUAAUGACCCUGGAGGCUGUGGAGGCAGUGUGUGAGCUGGUGCCCUCUGAGGCGAGGAGGGAGGCCCUGAGGGAGCUUAUGAGGCUUUACCUCCAGAUGAAGCCUGUGUGGCGCGCCACCUGCCCAGCCAAGGAGUGCCCCGACCAGCUGUGCCGCUACAGCUUUAAUUCCCAGCGCUUUGCUGACCUCCUCUCCUCUACCUUCAAAUAUAGGUACAAUGGAAAGAUACCCAAUUACCUGCACAAGACCUUGGCCCAUGUGCCUGAAAUAAUAGAGAGAGAUGGAUCCAUAGGAGCCUGGGCCAGCGAGGGCAACGAGUCGGCAAACAAACUGUUCAGGCGCUUCCGGAAGAUGAAUGCACGUCAGUCAAAGGCCUUUGAGCUAGUGGAUGUGUUGAAACAUCACUGGCUUUACACCUCCAAGUACUUGCAGAAGUUUAUGGAAGCUCACAAAGACUCCGUCAAAGCUCUGCAAGCCAGCAUUGAGCCAGUAGAGAGCCAGGAUGAUGAGGAUAUGUCUCUGGAAGUUAAUGAUUUUUGA